ACUGCGGGGUUGGAAGAAAGGUUCCAAAAUACAAUGGAGGAGCGCGAGACACAGUUCGGUUCCGAGGAAUUGCAGGACAGUACUUGCCCGUUCGUGUGGGAUGAGAAUUCUCAGCUGUACUUCCAUUCCAGUAGUGGAUUUUAUCACGAUCCUGCUGCCGGUUGGUAUUAUAGCAGUCGAGAUGGUUCUUAUUACAAAUUCGAAAAUGGAAUCUAUGUGCUUCUUCAGUCGAACGAGCAGGGUGAAGAAUGCAAGACGUAUCUUGAUAAUCCUGUUAAAGGCGAUUCAUCUAGUCAAGUGUGUAAUACUGGCAGCGAGGAUCACUCUUUAUUUGAGGCCACUGAAAUUGACACUUCUAAAUGCAAAGGAAGUGAUGACGACGGGCUACCAUUAGGAGAAAAAGUGGAGGGUGUUGAUGUUCAUGACCACGAGAAUCCUCCCACAUCUUUAUGGUUAGAAGAUACGCUUAUUGAUCUUUUUUUGUCCGGCUAUUCCAAUUCAGAAGUCAUAACCACUAAUGACAGCAUAUCUCCCACAUCAUCAAGAACUAAUGAUGCUAAUAACUUUCAGUCAUCAAGUGAUGGCUAUGGCGAUACUCAUAGGAUGGAAGGUGAAUGGUUCCAAGAUGAAAGUCAUGAAAUCUUGAAUUCUAGCGAACAAGUAUUAGAUGGAGGCUAUGAUGAUCCUCUGAAUAUGGAAGGUGAAUGGUUCCAAGAAGAAAAUCAUACCAUAUUGAAUCCAAACGAAAGUGUAUCAGAUGGAGGUGUGUCCACGGAUGAAGAUAACUGGAAGGCCCAGUAUGGUCAAGUCACUGAUUAUGUGGAAGCAAUUCCCAAGCUCUCUGUUGUGGAUAUCUGGGACUGGUCGACGGUUUUAGAGUCCAGGACAGGGGGAAAGGGGAGGGUUAUGAGGUUGGUUGGAAGACUGGUGAGGAAGUCUGGGAAGCUUCAUCCUUCGUUGUCUUCAAAUGGUGCUCUUUUUAAAACGGCUCCAAUAUGUGAAGUACAUUUAGAUUUGGUUCGAGUUACAACCGGGAGAAUCUACAAGUUACAUAGUCCUAGUAAGAAGUGUUUGGCGACCAUGUCAACUUUUAAUUCAUCCAACCCUACAAAAGAUUGGGGUUUCCCCGAUUUAUUGGAUAGGCCAAUUGAUCUUGUUAAUAACGAAGUAAAAGUUGGAAGCACAGCCAUUGUUAGCAUGGCUGCGACUGGAAAGUCUCAGUGUUCAAACCAAAAUCAUUAUAGAGAUAGAGCGGCUGAGAGAAGAAUCCUUCAUGGUGGUUUCGGGGUUGGUCCUGGGCAGAAGAAUUCAGCUAUCGGUCAUGGCAAUUUUACAUCAUCAUCCUCUUAUGGCUAUUCGGAGAGCACUGCAGCUGAAGCCUCUAAUAUUUCAUUUGGAGCUGGUAGUCGUGGGCGAAAAAUCUUGAAAAGCAUGGGCUGGAAAGAGGGAGAGGGUCUUGGCAACAGCACGAAGGGCAUGGUGGAACCACUUCAAGCUUUUGGAAACGUAGGAAAUGCUGGAUUAGGCUGGCCUCGGGGAAUUAAAAAACUCGACAUCAACUUCUCAAUAUAAUCGAAAAGAUGUCAAGGGACGUUUCUCCAGGUGUGUGAUCCGAGUGAAGAAGCACAAAAUUUGAAUCGCAAGUCUCAUUUAGCUUUGCAUCCCAUCCCACCCCUUUAGGUAUGGUAAAUGGUUCCUGUGUAGAUUGUAGGGAAGGUUUUUGUCGACCUGCAGACUAUAUAAGCCUGGCCUGAUUCCUAUAAA